AUGGAAGUCACGCGCGCACUGAUUCACAGCGUGCGCGUGCGAAAGGACAAGACAUUGGUCUGUGGUGUGGACGUCGACGAUAAGCAUGACCUGAACAAGUCCAUGGUUGAGCAGGCCAUGCUGCGAGGCAUCAUUGAGGACACAUAUCGUCGGCACAUUGGCGGUGCCUCUGAAGUCCCAGCCUUCGAUUCAACCGCCAGGAUUGAAACUCCCGUCAAG